AUGCCGUCCCAGCACUCGAAUGCCUUGUACAGGCGUCAUGAGACUGGAUCACGAGUGGUGGCCGUGCUCAUUAGUUUUCUGAUCUUAACCCAACAUCUGCCAGGCAUCUGUGCCAUGUCUCGAGGUCAGGUAGCGCAGCGCUCUCCCGAUGAACAGAGAUCAGAGGGGAGUCCCAUAGACAGUCUCGCUAGUAAUGCCAGUCAUGAGCUCGACUUGAUCUGCGGGCCGCACCCCUUCGAUCUCCUAAUAGCUGGUGUGCUACGCAGUCUGCAAGAAAGUUCCAUGGAAAAUAGCCUAGUGAUUUCAAACACCAUGACUUCCCUGUAUCGCACUCAACCCAGCUUCUAUGCUUUUGUUAUGAAAUGCACCUCGGCUUGGAAUCGGUGUCAAAGAGAACAGUUGGAGAACGGCCUUCUGCAGCAACUGAGUGGAGCGGAGUCAACUCGGCCAACGCAGUCCAAUGAUUGGAAAAUACUUUGUGGAAGGGGUCUGAGUUUGUAA